GCUAUUUCUGCAAAGAAUAUAUAUGGCGCCAAUGACCCAAUCAAUCCAUAAGAAAUCCAAAUGUCUCAUUCGCUGUCUACGGUGGCUCUGCCGCGUUUCGCCACCGUCAUCACGGCGGCGAAGCAGCCACGUCAGAGACCAAGCGCGAAAACCCAAAGCGGCAAGCAAAAGACAACAACCACCAUCACUCCAGGUGUACCGGCGGCCACCGCCAUGAAAACAACGUCAGGAUUUAACAGCAGAAACAAAGAACCGACGUGGCAAUGUGUCCAGAACUGUGGUGCCUGCUGCAAACUUGAUAAAGGGCCAAAUUUUCCUUCCGCUGAAGAAAUUUUCGAUGACCCUUCUGAUAUUGAGUUAUUCAACAGCUUGGUGGGUUCUGAUGGAUGGUGCAUACAUUUCGAUAAGAGCACAAGAAAAUGCUCCAUUUAUGCUGAUCGUCCCUACUUUUGUCGGGUUGAACCGGACAUCUUUGAGACAUUGUAUGGGAUUGAAACGAAAAAGUUCAACAAGGAAGCUUGCAGUUGUUGCAUAGACACAAUUAAAGCGGUGUAUGGAUCAACCUCAAAGGAGUUGGAGAAUUUCAAUGCUGCAAUAUGGAGUUCAACUUAGUUCUGCAUUCUAUUUCAUGAGGGUAUACACAAAAGCUACUGAGUUCCUGUGAACCCAUAUAUUGUAUGCUGUCUCCGCCUCUGAUAACAGAUGUCGACUUUUGCACCCAAAUUGAUAAAUUGCUAAGUCUCUUUUGUGAGCUUGUAUAAUUUUCUUCUCUCAAGAUGUUGGAGUUUACAUGAGAAGUUAUAGGCUUUUUUAAUCAUCUUCAUAUUCUGAGUUUCAGGUGAAUCAUUUUGGUGGUUUUCUCUGUCGAUCAGCAUUUGCAGCCUGUUGCAGUUGCUAGGCAGAUCGAUGAACCAUCAUAGUUGUCAUUUUUAUAUAAUUUUCUAUCGCAAUCAGUUCUAUGCGUGCAUAAUGAACUGGUGCGCUGCACUUGGAUCUGGAAUACUCAAAAGUUGAUGGGAAAUCGCAAAUUUAAAGAGUAUGGAGAUCUUUUUUGCUAGGCAGAUCGAUGAAUCAUCAUAGUCGAUGGAAGAUGUUGGUGAUUUAGCCCGGGAUCGUCUUCUCUAAAGGACUAGAAUACAGUGAGACAGUAGCUUCCAUGAGUAGACCUAUGUUUUCUAAUGUCAGAUUUCAUUGUAUGGCCAAUCUUUUACCAGAAUUUGUGGGAGAAGACUUUGCUUUAUAUAAAAAAAAUUCAGUUUAUUCA